AUGUCUUCCGAACUUGAAUGUCAAGAUUUGAUACUUGUAGAGGCGACUCCAGAACAAGCUAGAAAUACUAAUCGCAAUUCAUACAUGAGUUGGGGCUAUCCACUGUUGACUCUAGAUGAAUACAUAGAACGUGAAGAGAUACUUGCUAAUCACGAAUUUACUUCAGAAGAUUUUAAUAUCUGGAUUCUAGUUUCAAAAAAAAGUAAUUUAUCAAAUGAUACUGAACCAACAAUCUUAUCACAAUGUGAAACAUUCAAACUUAAAGCAUUGAUAACAUUAUCAUCCGAACAAAUUCAAGAAGUAAAUUGUUAUUAUAUCGGUUCUUUAUUCACUCCUCCUCAGUACCGACACAAAGGUUAUGCUACGAAGUUGAUGGAGUUGUUGAAUGAUAAGUUGAGAUUCGAAUGCAAGGCCAAAUUUUCAUAUUUGUACUCCAAAAUUGGACCUGAUUUUUAUUCUAGAUUAGGUUGGAAAAUUUAUCCUCAUAAAGAGAUCAAAUUUAAAGUCGAAGAUAGAUUCUCUACACCUUUAGAACAUUCUGAAUUGAUCGUUGAAAUUAAUCAAUCUAACUUAGAAACUGUUAUUAAUAAAGAUUGUGAAUUUAUUAAAAAUAAUUUAAAGAAAUUGAACAAGAAAAGUAUGGCUAUAUUACCUACUAAACCUGCAUUUGACUGGUUGUUUCAAAAAACAAAAUCUUAUUCGAAAUUUUAUGCGGAUACCAAUGAUCCAAGAAAAUUUGGUGCAAUGAUUUUGAAUAAAAAAAAAGAAUCUAUUAAUGAGAAUGAAGAAUUUCUUGAACGAUAUAUUAUGUGGAAUCAUGAUUUUAUGGAAAAUCAAUUAUUCAUUAUCAGAUUUCGUAGUGAUUCACCAUAUACAACACGCUUAUUAAUCCAACAAGCAAUGCAAGAAGCUAGUAAAUUUCAGUUUAAACAAAUUAUUUUGUGGAAUCCGGAUUUAAGUUUAUUUAAUAUUUCUGAAGGUUUAAAUGUCUUUGAUGGUGAAGUUGUUGAAAAAACAGAGGCAUUGCCAUAUUUAUCGUGGUAUGCGAAUGAUGACGAUGAUGUGGAUUGGAUAUUUAUUGAGAGAUAUUCCUUGUUUUAA